AUGAUCCUCUCACCCUACACCAACCCGCCAUACAAACCGCCUACCCGCAACCCCAAAAUCUCCAACCACAAUCAAAACCACAAUCAAAACCAGGACUCAACAUCAACACCAACUCCGACAACAGCACCCCCAAAAACGCCACCCACCUCUCCAAAGCGCAAACACAUCUCCAUGUCCCGAAGCGGGAGUCCGGCCUUCGCGCAUCUUCACCUUGCAACCGAGCAGCAGCAGUCUGGCCCCUCGUCUUCGGGGCCUGGCGGAGCCGCGGGGAACGAGAGUCCGCGGACGAAAGUCGCGGAGCAGUUCCGGCGGUUGGAGCUGGAGUUUCUUGCGCAGCGGGAGUCUUCGGGGGAUGAGGCGGGGAGUCCGAGGAAGAGGGCUAGGAGGGUGGUGGUGGAGACGCCUUUGAGUGAGCGGAUUGGAGGAAUUGCCGAUGACUGCAAGCUACCUAAGGAGGAAGUCGACCCCGAGUCUCCCCCCGAAUCCAACCCAACGACAACAUCACCAACCCCAACCCCCCGCCACGGAACCCCACCCCUCUCAACAGACAGCAUCGCCUCCAACCCCGCCACAUCAUCCCCCGACCAAGACCGCACAGCGCUCACAUGGCAAGACUCCGAAAUCACGGGCUACGACAUCGACGCGAGCGACGCGGACGACGACGGCGAGGGGAUCAAUGGGAUUGGCUUUCGGCCUACGCCUGCGAUGGCUUGGUCGAGGAAGCAGAGGCGUAGGCAGCAGGUGAAUGAGUGGAGGGUGAGGGAGGCGAGGGAGGCGCGGAUGAGGAGGUUGGAGAGGAGGAGGGGUGGCAGUGGGAGUGGGAAUGGGAAUGGGAAUGGGAAGGGAGUGGUGGAUGGGGAGGAUGGGGAGAGGAGGGCUGUGAGGUUCGCGGAGUCGUUUCAUGCAUCGGGAUCGUGA